AUGAGUUCAUUUGAUCGAGCACACAGCUAUGCGUUUGCUUUGGCUAUCAAGGGCCACCUUAGUUAUAUUGAGAAUGAGUUGGAACGCCAAAUAACUAUGGGAUCAUCAGAUGAUAACAUUGCCGCCAAAGAAAUACGGAACCAAAUUCAAAUGGUGGUUCAAUUUGGGAUGGAUGAAAUUAUAAGUUAUUAUAAGGAUAAAGAACUAGAUGAUAAGAAUAUAAAGCCAUCACAGUCAUUGUUGAUUAAUUAUGAGGUUGUUCUUUUAGAUUCCAGACUUGACUCUUUCGACAUCCCAACUAAAUUCUUUACUAAAGAUAUCAUUAAAGGUAUUGAAAACUCGAAUUGGGAUGAUAGAUUCAAACAUUUCAAACGUGAAGAUGAAUUAACUGAAAAGUUUUAUUGUAUCUUAAAAAAGGUUCUAUCUAUUAAUCAAAUUUAUAUGGGUGAUUCAAAGUUUAAGGAUAAUGAUGUUUUAUCUUAUUUGUCAGGAUUAUAUUUAACAGAGAUGCUAAGUAAUGCAUCUGACGUUACUUUCAGUGCUACUAUUACUCCUGUUGUUAAAAUAUUGAUUCGUUUCCUUACUGUGAAUGAUGGAUGUGGAAUUAAUAUUGGUCAAGCUUAUAAACUGUUUGUUGAACUUCUAAAGUCCCAUUUAGAACUUAAGGUGCCUAAUCUAUAUGAAUCAGAACCCGAUUACGAGUUAAUUAAUAGAUUAAGAGAACAAGGUAAUAAUUUGAUGAAUAAUCUGGCUUAUGCUCAAGCCAUUAAAGUAUAUACAAAUGCUUUAGAUCUUUCAAGAUUUCCAGUCACUAAUUCUAUUCCACAAUUAUAUCUUAAUAGAGCUAUUGCUUUUAUUGGAUUAAAUUGUUUCCCAGAAGCUAUUAAUGAUUUGGAUAAUGCAGUUCAAUUGGAUAAAAGUUUUACUCCUGCUUGGACUCAAUUAGGUUAUUGUCAUUUAUACAUGGGUAAUGGAUUAGUAGCAUUAAAAUCAUAUUUAAUGGCUUUGAAAUCGGCAAUUGGUGAAUUACAACCUGAAGGGGUUACAAGACUUGAUAAAGAAGAAUUAAUCAAGUAUAAAUCUAUUAAAAUGAGACAUAUUUUACCUCAAUUUAUUCAUAGAUUAUGUCAAUCUAUUGGAUUAACCGAAAAGAGAGCUUAUCAACAAAAUGAAUCAUUUACUGAAAUUAAAACUGCAGUAGGUGAAGUAAAGAGAAUUCUUGCAAACCUUAGAGCUGAAUGUCUUGAAUCAGAUCGGGAUUAUUUUGUUUAUUAUCCACAAUUACGUGAUAGUAAUUUAAGAAAUUCUGCUGAUAUUUCAAAUAGAAGUAGACCAAAUAUACUUACUCGAGAAAUUGCUCAAAAUAUGUUAGCUUCAGGUGGUAUGGAAACUGUCACCGUAUCUAAUGCUCCAAGAAGAAAUGCUAAUGCUACUAAUAAUACUACCAGUAAUAAUCAUACCAAUAUCAAUAAUUCUAAUAAUCCACUUGGUAAUGAUCAAGUUAACGGUGGUGAUUCAGGUUCAAAUGCUGGUGUUGAUACUACCGCUAGAGGUCUUGGAGCAACACCUCCUCUCGAAGAUAUUAGAGGUUUAUUAAAUAAUUUUGGUAGUAUUUUCGAAAAUGCUGGUAAUGCAAACAGUCAAUCUGGUCAAACCACCAAUAGAACUCUUGGAGAAAUAAUUGGUGGAGCAUUACAGGGUGGAGUUGAAAGUAUGAUAUCACUGAUGCAAGGAGGUCCUGAAUCUAGAAGAGUUUUCAUAAAUGGUAGAGAAGUUGAUGCUUCAACUCUCAAUAAUAAUACUAACAAUACUAGUAAUAAUCAAGAUCCACCUAAUAGUGAAGAUACAACGGAUCAUGAUAUUCAGAUGCCUGAUGAUUUAGACUGA